UUGUGGGACAGCGGCUGGUUCCUCUCUCCUGGGCAAGUUUUUUCGUAUUCCUCUGCCCCCCUCAGCCCUGUCGGGUACGGAAGCUGAGAAGGUGCACGAACAACCAUGGCGGCCCAUCUGAAGAAGCGGGUUUAUGAGGAGUUCACUAAGGUGGUUCAGCAACAACAGGAUGAAGUUGCUACUAAGAAACUCCGAAUGACAAAACCAAGUAAAUCUGCAGCCCUCCACAUAGAUCUUUGUAAGGCUACCUCCCCAGCAGAUGCUUUGCAGUACCUACUUCAGUUUGCCAGGAAGCCUGUUGAGGCAGAAAGUGUGGAGGGAGUCGUCAGGAUUCUCUUGGAACAUUAUUACAAGGAGAAUGAUGCGUCUGUGAGACUGAAAAUUGCAUCAUUGUUGGGUUUACUGUCAAAAACUGCAGGAUUUUCACCAGACUGCAUUAUGGACGAUGCCAUUAAUAUCCUGCAGAAUGAAAAGUCUCAUCAAGUCCUUGCUCAACUGUUGGACACUUUGCUUGCAAUUGGCACUAAACUCCCAGAGAAUCAAGCUAUCCAGAUGCGAUUAGUUGAUGUAGCCUGCAAGCACCUGACAGAUACCUCUCAUGGUGUAAGAAAUAAGUGUCUGCAGUUACUUGGCAAUCUUGGUUCUUUGGAGAAAAAUGUCACAAAAGAUGCAGAAGGCCUAGCUGUCAGAGAUGUUCAGAAGAUUAUAGGGGAUUACUUUAAUGAUCAGGACCCACGUGUCAGAACAGCAGCUAUAAAAGCCAUGUUGCAGCUGCAUGAAAGAGGACUGCAGUUACACCAGACAAUUUACAAUCAGGCUUGUAAACUACUGUCUGAUGACUAUGAACAAGUGCGCAGUGCUGCAGUCCAGCUUAUCUGGGUUGUCAGUCAACUCUAUCCUGAAAGCAUUGUCCCAAUCCCUUCUUCUAAUGAAGAAAUUCGCUUAGUUGAUGAUGCGUUUGGAAAAAUUUGUCACAUGGUCAGUGAUGGCUCCUGGAUGGUUCGAGUUCAAGCUGCAAAGCUAUUGGGCUCUAUGGAGCAAGUCAGUUCUCAUUUCUUGGAACAGACGCUUGAUAAGAAGCUGAUGUCAGAUCUGAGGAGGAAACGCACUGCACAUGAACGUGCCAAGGAACUUUACAGUUCGGGAGAGUUUUCCAGCGGCAGGAAGUGGGGAGAUGAUGCUCCCAAGGAAGAGAUAGAUACGGGGGCUGUGAACUUGAUUGAGUCAGGAGCCUGUGGAGCCUUUGUUCAUGGAUUGGAAGAUGAGAUGUACGAGGUCCGCAUUGCUGCUGUGGAGGCGCUCUGCAUGCUGGCUCAGUCUUCACCCUCUUUUGCUGAGAAGUGCCUCGAUUUCCUGGUUGACAUGUUUAAUGAUGAAAUUGAGGAAGUACGUCUACAGUCCAUACAUACCAUGAGAAAAAUCUCUAACAAUAUCACUCUUCGAGAGGAUCAGCUUGACACUGUCCUGGCUGUGUUAGAGGAUUCAUCUAGAGAUAUUAGAGAGGCUCUUCAUGAACUCCUAUGCUGUACUAAUGUUUCAACCAAAGAAGGGAUUCAUCUUGCACUGGUGGAGCUGCUAAAAAAUUUAACCAAGUACCCUACUGAUAGGGACUCCAUAUGGAAAUGCUUGAAGUUUCUGGGAAGUCGGCACCCAACCCUGGUGCUUCCCUUGGUGCCUGAGCUGCUGAGCACCCACCCAUUUUUUGACACAGCUGAACCAGACAUGGAUGAUCCAGCUUACAUUGCAGUUUUGGUUCUUAUUUUCAAUGCUGCUAAAACCUGUCCAACGAUGCCUGCAUUGUUCUCAGAUCACACCUUCAGGCACUAUGCCUACCUUCGAGACAGUCUUUCUCAUCUUGUUCCUGCCUUGAGAUUACCAGGUAGAAAGCUAGUGUCAUCAGGUCUUUCUCCCAAUAUCACACCUCAAGAGGAUCCUUCCCAUCAGUUCCUGCAGCAGAGCCUCGAAAGGGUAUAUAGUCUUCAGCACCUUGACCCUCAGGGAACCCAGGAGCUGCUAGAGUUCACCAUCAGGGAUCUGCAAAGGCUUGGAGAACUUCAGUCUGAAUUGGCAGGAGUAGCUGAUUUCUCUGCUACCUAUCUUAGGUGUCAACUUCUUCUCAUUAAGGCCCUGCAGGAAAAGCUGUGGAAUGUGGCCGCCCCUUUAUAUUUGAAGCAGAGUGAUUUGGCCUCAGCAGCAGCAAAACAGAUCAUGGAAGAAACCUACAAAAUGGAGUUCAUGUAUAGUGGCGUGGAGAACAAGCAGGUGGUGAUUAUCCAUCACAUGAGGCUGCAGGCCAAAGCCUUGCAACUUAUAGUAACAGCACGGACUGCUCGAGGAGUUGACCCCUUAUUUGGAAUGUGUGAAAAAUUUUUACAGGAAGUGGACUUUUUUCAGAGGUGUUUCAUUGCCGAUUUGCCCCACCUGCAGGAUAGCUUUGUGGACAGACUUCUUGACCUCAUGCCCCGACUCAUGACAUCCAAACCUGCAGAAGUGGUCAAAAUUCUGCAGACCAUGCUGCGGCAGAGCACCUUCCUACACCUCCCCCUUCCAGAGCAGAUCCACAAAGCCUCCGCCACCAUUAUUGAGCCAGCAGGCGAGUCAGACAACCCUUUGAGGUUUACGUCUGGGUUGGUGGUGGCCCUGGAUGUUGAUGCAACCCUGGAACACGUGCAGGAUCCUCAGAACACCGUGAAGGUCCAGGUCUUAUAUCCAGAUGGCCAGGCUCAGAUGAUCCACCCUAAGCCAGCAGACUUUCGGAAUCCUGGCCCAGGGCGGCACCGGCUCAUCACUCAGGUGUUCCUCUCCCACACUGCCUGGACAGAACCCUGCCAGGUGGAAGUGAGGCUGCUGCUGGCCUACAACUCCAGUUCACGCAUUCCAAAAUCCCCCUGGAUUGAAGGUGGUGAGAUGUCAUCCCAGGUGGAAACUGGCAUCGAGGGCACCAUCCCCUUCAGCAAGUCUGUAAAAGUUUACAUAAUGCCCAAGCCUGCAAGGCGCUGAAUCACAAGCAGCCUUUACAGCCGUGGCCUAGAAGGCCCUUCUUGGGAUCAGAGUGAGCCAGAAGCCGGAACAUUUCACCUGGAAAUGGUAUAUAGGCAUAAGGAGGAACAUGUGGCCCUUGCAGUCUCAUCUGUAUCAAGCAUUGGAUAAAUUAUUUUGCACUAAUUAAGAAAACAAACCUUCAAGUCUAUCCUGGCCCCACCCCCAACCUCCAUAGCCCUGCCCCCAAUAAAAUUGAGACACCAAGCUGCUCUAGUCCCUGGUCCUUCAGGGAAUCUGUGUGGCUGUAGGUUCAACAUUUACGCUACAUGUCUACAUUCUUCAGGUGUGAAACAAAAAGAUCAAUUUUCUAGCCGCUUCUAAAGAACCAGUUAUUGGAGCCAUAAUCUUAUUUCAUAAAGCAGCAGUCUGUUUGUCAGAGCCAACCCCAAAGCAGCUUUCACAGCUUUGCUUUUUCACCAUCGACAGUUCCUGAAUGGCCCCAGACUUCAUUAUCUUGCUGAGAGUCUCCUUCCUUAACUCAGGCAAUGGCUGGCCAAGAACUGAAUGGACAGCUGAAGAAUGAAUCAUUUUCAUUCUUCAGGAAAAUUUUUCAUCUUGCCUGCCAUUAUCCUUAGGACCAAAAUAUGAGAGAUGGGUCAUAUUUUAGAAAAGAAACCAGCAUUAUGGGAAAGAGGGAUCUAGUGUAAGAAACAGAGUCAUUUUCCAGUGAUGACUUCUCUGAUGACUCCAGUGUUGGAGCUGCAUGUGAGUUAAAGAUGCAGCUGUGGUGUAAGAACAGUAAAGGCUGUGAACCAUGUGAGGGCCUGUGCUGGGUUCUUCACCUGUCAUUUAUUCCUUGUAACAGCCAAGUGAGUCUGACAGGUUCGGUCAUUGGUAGGAAUACUGUAAUAACACCUGUAUUCAUUCAGAUCCAAAAGGAGUCCAAAGGUCUGAGCUAUACCACAUCAGGAGAAGUAUAUGGAAAAGAACCUAGAAAUCUCUCUUGUGCCUUAAUUUUCUUAUCUGUAAAAUAGAGAUAAUUAUACUUUAUGGGUUGUUGAAUGGGUUUAAUUAAAUAAUG